AUGUCUGCCCCAGCGAACGGCAACGGCAUCUCUCCUGAAGAUGCCCAAAAUGACCCAGACGCCUUCCCAACCGCCGCCCAAAUCCCGCUCAAGGACUUCUCCAUCCCAGACUUCCCACCCCAAGCGUCCCGCCUGAAGGAACUCACGUUGACCGCGGAUAUCAAACUCGACGAGUACCAGGCCCUGGUCCAGGACCGACCCGUCACGCAACCUUCUUUACCUGAACUUCCGGCAUCCAUCACCAAUUUGACCCUCGAACUAUUCACGCUGGGUUUCCCCGGAUCUCCGCCAUUCCUGGGACGUCUGGCCAGAUGUCUCCCCAACAUCCGCAGUCUGACAUUGUUCAGUUGUCUGAUCGACGGCCUCGAUGACCUAUCAAGGAAGGAUGCCGAGGGUUUCUUUGAGAAGUUGACGGGUCUAAGGGAAGUGCAUUUCAUCGAUACUUUCGCUCGGCCCGGCUUCUUCAAGAAACUCGGUGAAAUGUUUGAGAAGCGUGGUGGUGAUGGUGUCCAGAUCGUGGAUGUAAGUUAUACAUUCCGCGGGCACGAGGAUAGUGACUUCCUCGCGCGAGUCCAGGGCGAGGAACUUGCUGGGUUGAUCAAUCCGGGUGUUGUGGCGGCGAACUUCGAUUUCCUCCCGAUCCCUGUGGAACUCACACAGGAUCUGGCCCAGGAGGGUGAGAAGUCAGAGUUGCCGGAGGGAGUAUUGCCGUUUGCGAGUGAUGGGCGGGCGCCGGCUGCUGUGAAGAAACGGUUCGAGAAACUGAGUUCGGGGGCACUGAGGAGUCUGAAGUACUUGAAUCUGGGGAUGUGGAGUGUUAGGCCGGUUGAGGUCGGGGAGAUUGUGUAUGCUUGUGCUGGGGGAGGCGAACCACAGUUGGCGAGUUUGACGGUCAGUGUGCUGCUGGAGGAUGGGUGGGCUCAGGAGCUGGUCAAGGGCAUGGAGUAUAAGGGAGUUGGAGGCGCUUUAGAAAACAUUGAAUUGGUGGGUGUGCCGAAUACGAAAACAAAAGGGGAGGGUGAUGACUGGAAGAAGGGGAUUGAGGUGGUGGGCUUGGAGCAUGUCGAGGAAUUGGCGAAGGCGUGUCCCAAGUUGGCGCGGGUAAAGAUGAGUAUUCUCCAGGUCAAGAAUGCGCCGAAUGUGGAGUAUAUGAAGGAAGAGGGUGAGUGGAAGAAGGCGUGA